GUGAGAGCUAUGUAUGCUCUUCGGACAACUUCUUCAAGAAAGUGGAGUAUACCAAGAACGUCAAUCCAAACUGGUCCGUCAACGUGAAGACCUCGGCCAACAUGAAAGCGCCUCAGUCUCUGGCCAGCAGCAACAGUGCCCAGGCCAGGGAGAACAAGGACUUUGUGCGUCCCAAGCUGGUGACCAUCAUCCGGAGCGGGGUGAAGCCGAGGAAGGCCGUGCGCGUGCUCCUGAACAAGAAGACCGCCCACUCCUUUGAGCAGGUCCUCACUGAUAUCACAGAAGCCAUAAAGCUUGAAACGGGAGUCGUCAAGAAGCUCUACACUCUGGACGGGAAACAG